AUGACUAAAACACAGGAGGCACAUUCAUUUUGUGAAGAUGCAUCAGACCAAUAUCCAUGGAAACCAAAGGAUGAUGUUUUUUUUGAAGCAGGCCAAAAAAAAGAAUAUAGUUUCGAUUGUAAAAUUUUAAAGCCAAAUAAUGUAAAAAAAAUGUUUGGUUCUAAAUUAUUAUUUAAUGUUAGUGGAUUUUCAGGUACAGCCCCAACUUGUUGUUUAUUACACAUUGAUAAAUCAAAAAUAGAAUAUUUUUAUGGAUAUAAAAUAACGAUUCCCGCAAACCCAAUCGGAUUUUCAGAUUUAUAUUUUGAUGUAAAGUUUUGUCAAGCUACAGCAUUAUAUUCAAAAGAAAAGGUUGGCCAAGGUUCAAUUUUUAAACAAAUAUUAGUAUUGGAUGUAACACCCUCAUUUUUGGCUUCAUCUGUAUACAUAUUUUUAGGAAUGGCUGUAUUCUCAUUAGUAUUAUCCUGUCUUAUAAUAUCAGCAAUCAUCCAUAGAUGGAAAUCAUCAGAUAACAUCAGUAUAACCGAAGACAGAGGAUAUCGAGGUAACAAAGAUAUAGAAUUGAAAUCAAUUUUAUGCGAUAUUACAUAUAAAACAACAGAAGAAAGAAAUCAAUAUUAUUUAAGUAAAAUAGAUUCAUUUUUUAAUUUUAAUGAAUAUAGACCCAGUAUUUUACCAAUAGGAACUUAUGAUAGUUCAAGUGAAUUAAAUAAUAACAACAAUAGUAAUAAUAGUAAUAAUAGUAAUAAUAACAAUAGUAAUAGUAAUAAAAAUGAAAAUAAUGAUUAUAUAUCAAAUAGUUUAAAUUGUAUUAAUAACAAUAACUAUCACAACGACAAUAAUAGCUAUUAUAAUGAUUUAAAUAAUAGGGAUAAUAGAUAUAAGAAUGAAAAUCAAAUAAGCUACUCUCCAACAUAUCAUCACAAUCAUUAUAAUGAAUAUAUAUUAAAUAGUAACAUUAAUUUAAAUUGUAACAAUAGUAGUGGAAAUGGAAAACUAAUUAAUGUGGGUAAUAAUAGUAAUCAAAACUAUAACUAUAGUUUUAAUAGUGAUUAUAAUAAUAAAAAUAUUAACUAA